UCGGUCAGGCAGUGAAUAUAUGUAUAUACAAGAGAGCUGCAUGCAUCAGCAUUUAAAUAUAUAUAACUAUAAACUGUGUGUAUCAUAGAGAUCAAAUUGGAAAUCAAAACAUUGGCUGCUUAGCACCAGACGUUGCCUGGCAAUAAUGAAUCUGUUGUAUGGCUUGUUGACGAUUGUGGCAUUGGUGUCCAUUGCCGACCUGGGCAGCAGCUCUCGCUUGUUUACUGUGGACUACGAGAAUGAUCGAUUUCUUAAAGAUGGACGGCCAUUUCGCUUUAUUUCUGGAUCCUUUCACUACUUUCGGGCUCAUCCCGACACCUGGUCGCGACACUUGAGAACGAUGCGUGCAGCAGGACUCAAUGCAGUUACUACUUACGUGGAAUGGUCACUGCACAAUCCGCGCGAUGGCGUCUACGUUUGGACGGGCAUUGCAGAUCUGGAGCGCUUUAUACGCCUAGCUGUGGAUGAGGAUUUGUUGGUCAUACUUCGUCCCGGACCCUACAUCUGUGCCGAGCGCGACAUGGGCGGCUUUCCCUACUGGCUGCUCAACAAGUUCCCGGGCAUUCAACUACGUACAGCCGAUAUCAACUAUCUGAGUGAAGUGCGCAUAUGGUACAAUCAGCUAAUGGCACGCAUGGUUCCCUAUCUGUAUGGUAAUGGCGGACCCAUUAUCAUGGUUCAGGUGGAGAACGAGUAUGGCUCAUACUUUGCCUGCGAUGCCAAUUAUCGCAACUGGCUGCGCGAUGAGACACAAAGCCACGUCAAAGACAGUGCUGUGCUAUUCACCAACGACGGACCCGGUGUGCUGCGCUGUGGCAAAAUACAGGGUGUUCUGGCCACGAUGGACUUUGGGGCCACAUCAAACCUUAAGGACAUCUGGGCCAAGCUGCGACAGUUUGAGCCCAAAGGUCCACUAGUAAACGCCGAGUACUAUCCCGGCUGGCUGACGCACUGGACCGAGCCAAUGGCCAAUGUGAGCACUGCAGCAAUAACAGGAACUUUCAUUAACAUGCUUGAUAGUGGAGCCAGUGUCAACUUCUAUAUGUUUUAUGGUGGAACGAACUUUGGUUUUACGGCCGGCGCCAAUGACAAUGGCCCCGGCAACUACAUAGCAGACAUAACCAGCUAUGACUACGAUGCACCAAUGACAGAAGCCGGUGAUCCCACGCUCAAGUACAUGGCUUUGCGUCAAAUUAUUGGCAGGUAUUUGCCGCUGCCGGAUAUUCCAGUGCCAGCGCCGGUGCCCAAGCGGGCUUACGGAACGGUCAGGCUACUCAGCUGCUGUACGUUGCUGUCCGACGAGAGUCGAGACAAACUGAGCACGGGCGUUGUGCGGUCGCCGAAGCCAAAAACCUUUGAGGCACUGGACCAAUAUUCUGGCUUGGUAUUAUAUGAGACUUGGUUACCGGCGCAGUUUAAACGGGAUCCGAGUGUGUUGCACGUUCGUGGGCUGGCGGACCGUGGCUAUGUCUAUGUGGACAAUGAGUUUAUAGGCAUAUUGGCACGUGAGACACCUGUCUUCGAUUUGCCAUUGAGUGCCAGCAUGGGCAGAAAGUUGCAGAUCCUGGUUGAGAAUCAGGGACGCCUCAACUUCGGAAGGCAGCUGAACGACUUCAAAGGACUCACGAAGGACGUGCGCCUGGACAAGCAGAUAUUAAUCAACUGGAAUAUGACCCAGUAUCCCCUGGAAUCCUACGAAAGCUUGGAGACACUGAUUGUUCAGUCCACCGCAGCGGCGCAAGCUGGUUUUCAUGAGAUCAAGGAACUGAAAACGAUUCUACGCAAUGGACCGGCCAUCUAUUAUGGCUCGUUGACCAUCAACAGCGCCGAAGAGCUGGCGGACACAUACCUAGAUAUGUCCGGCUGGGGCAAAGGCAUUGUCUUCCUAAAUGGUGAAAAUCUGGGUCGCUACUGGCCUCUAGUUGGCCCGCAGAUAACGCUAUAUGUGCCAGCUCCAGUACUGAGAGUGGGCAGCAACCGUCUGAUCCUAGUCGAAUACCAACAGACACCGACCAACAUGGAACUGCAGUUCCGAGAUACACCCAUCCUAAACAGCAGAUGUUCAAAUUAGCUUAGACACUACUACUUCUGUAUCGUGUAUCAUGUAAAUUGUACUAAAUUAAGUUUUUUAUAAGACAUUAAAAUCUGGUAAUGUGUCCUUUAUCCUUUUGUAAGCCUGCUGCUAAAAGACUCAUUACCGAAGCAUCGCCAUCAGCAUCAGCCCCCACCAUCGCAGCACAAAAAAUAAAAAACAACCACAGGGAAGCACGCAUGUGACCUUUGUUCGUAUGCCACCUUCCCAAAUUAAUCCCAAAUGAUUGAAGUCCA